UUUUCCCCCUAAGUGCUCUCUGAGCAGCCUCUUUGCACUUGGCAGUGCUCUGGGCUGUCACGGCUGGUGGACACCCUUUGGGAAUGACAGUGGGAGAGUUAUGUGCCAGCAGAGACCUGUGUAGAGACUCAAUGACUCCUGUUUAAAUGGUGUUUAUCUGUCACUGGUCUCUUGAUUUGUGUCUUCCAUACUGUCAGGUAGGAUGUGCUGUGUAAAAUGCUUUUAGAGUUUGAAAGCUUUAGCCAGCCAGCCUGCUUUUAGGGGUAGAAAAGGAGCAGCCCACAACCCGGUGUUGCUGCUGCCGUGCUGAUUUCUUCACAGGAGGAAAAGGGGAGGAUGAUGCCUCGAGUUCAGAGGAACCAGACCCUGUAGAACCUGCGUUUUCCCUCCCAUGCAGUCCUGUCUCUCUCUUGGGUCACUGACUUUGCUUUCCUGGCAGUGGCACCCUGCUGUCAAUGUUUAACCCUGUUGCUCACAUGCCUGUGUUUUGGGGGGGGUGCUUCCAGUAUCAAGCAGGGAAUGUCCUAUCCCUGUCCCGGCACCCAGAUGGUUUGAGCCUGGAGUGAGGUUUAAGCCCGGCUACAGCGACAGCCUCCAGCCUGCGCACAGCCACCCUUGGCUGGAUAACGAGGUGUGACCGGUGACAAACGGGGCUGGGACGUUCCUGCUCCAUCAGGCUCUGGGGAGAGGGGGCUGAGCCUCGCCCGCCCCGCUGCUUCCCUCGUGUGUAAAUACUUGUACAAAGAACUAACCAAUAAAGAGCUCACGGAAUCUCUCGCUCCCGCCUCUCAUUCCCUCCGCUGGGCCCUAUGGCGGUGUACCCCCGCCGCUCCUCCGCCCCUUCCCCUCCCGCCGCCAUCGCUCCCCUCACGCUCCUCUCCCACCGCCAUCUUGGCCUCUACCCUGUUCCCGCCGCUGCCCCGCGGCGCCGGCAGUGACGGGAGGAGGAGGAAGGAGGCAGCAUGGCGGCGGCGCUGGGCGCGCACCGGCCGGGGCCGCUGAAGCAGCAGAACAAGGCGCACAAGGGCGGGAAGCACAGCGGGGCCUCGCAGCGCCGCGCCGGAGGCCGCGUGUCCGUCAAGACCCAGCCCCGGCGGCGGCUCCGCGACCUCAGCAGGGUGGACCGGCGGCACCAGGCGCUGCAGCUCCGGCGGCAGCGCAAGGAGGCGGUGCUGGCGGAGAAGCGGGGCCUGGGCAGCCGGGACGGGCCCCCGCACCUCGUGGUCGUGGUGCCGCUGCACUGCAGAGCCGCGGCCCACGGCGCCCUCUGCCUGCUGCAGGGCCAGGACUCGGCUCUUGUCCUCACGGAGGAGGGGAGAGCUGGCGCCUUUGCGCUGCUCUGCCCCCGGCUCAAGCAGCGCUGGCGCUUCGUGACAGCUCAGGCAGGGGACCUUCACACUGUCCUAGACCUGGCAAAAGUUGCUGACUCCCUCCUGUUCAUCCUGGAUGCUGCGGAAGGCUGGGAUGAUGCAGGGGAAUACUGCCUCUCCUGCCUCUUCGCACAGGGGCUCCCCACUUUCGCUCUCGCUGUCCCAGGAGGCACUGACUUACCACCCAAGAAACGGAUAGAUGCCAAGAAGAAGCUUUCCAAAGCCAUCGAGAAGCGCUUUCCCGAGGCCAGGCUCUUCCCGCUGAACACGGAGCAGGAAUCCUCGCUGCUCCUCAGGCACCUCUCCACACAGAAGCAGCGGCACCUCGCCUUCCGGGACCGGCGCGCUCACCUGCUUGCCCACGCUGCUGAGUUUGUGCCUGCUCAGGAGGGUGACCUGGUUGGGACCCUGAAGGUGUCUGGCUUCGUGCGGGGACAGACCCUCAACGUGAACAGCCUGGUGCAUAUCGUGGGGCACGGAGACUUCCAGAUGAGCCAGGUGGAUGCUCCCCCUGAUCCCCUCUCCUUGAACCCCCGAGUGGUUAAAGGACAGAAGAGGAGUCAGGACAUGGAGGUGCAGGAUGACUCUGUAAAUGGGACUGAUGAGAUGGAGGAAGAUGUUAAGGUCCUGAUGAAGGCAGAUCCAAGCAAGCAGGAGUCUUUGCAGUCAGAAGUGGUUCCUGAUCCGAUGGAAGGGGAGCAGACGUGGCCUACUGAAGAAGAACUGCAAGAAGCAGAGGCUUCCCUGAAGGCAAACAGGAGGGUGGUGAAGGUCCCCAAAGGCACAUCCAAGUACCAGGCUGCCUGGAUUGUGGAUGAUGAAGGCGGCAGUGAGAAAGAUGAUGAUGAUGAUGAAGAUGAUGACAUUGAUGACGAUAUGAUGGAAGAGGCAGUUUCCCAGGAGGGGGACAGCAGUGGGGAGGAGGAGGAACCUGCAGAGGAGGAGUGUGAGACUAUGACCGUUUCCGAGAGCUUGCGGGAUGAGCAGUACGAUGAGAAGGUGGAGGAAGAUGAGCAGAUGCUGGAGAGAUACAAACAGGAGAGGAUGGAUGAAAUGUUUCCGGAUGAGGUGGACACGCCACGGGAUGUUCCUGCCAGGAUCCGCUUCCAGAAGUACAGGGGGCUGAAGAGCUUCCGGACUUCUCCAUGGGACCCCAAAGAGAAUCUCCCGAGGGAUUAUGCCAGGAUUUUCCAGUUCCAGGACUUCUCCCGGACCAGAAAGCACCUCUUCCGGCAAAUAGAGAAAGAGGAGAGUGAAGGAGCAUCGGUUGGCUGGUACGUUACACUUCACCUCUGCAAUGUCCCUGUCUCGGUGAUGGAGAGCUUCAAAGAAGGGAAGCCCUUAGUCCUGUUCUCGCUGCUUCCACAUGAACAAAAGAUGUCCGUGUUGAAUUUCCUGGUGCGCCGGCACCCGAGCAACAGCGAGCCAGUGAGGGCAAAGGAGGAGCUGAUCUUCCACUGCGGGUUCCGGCGCUUCCGAACGUCCCCCCUGUUCUCCCAGCACACCUCAGCUGACAAGCACAAGCUGGAGCGGUUCCUGCGCUCAGAUGCUGCCAUGGUGGUGACUGUUUAUGCUCCCAUCACUUUCCCUCCUGCUUCAGUGCUUCUUUUUAAACAGAGAAGUAAUGGAAUGCAUGAUCUCGUCGCCACUGGUUCUCUGCUGUCUGUGGACCCCGACAGGAUCGUCAUCAAGCGCCUGGUGCUCAGUGGCCACCCGUUCAAGAUCUUCACCAAGAUGGCUGUUGUGAGAUACAUGUUCUUUAACAGAGAGGAUGUGAUGUGGUUCAAGCCAGUGGAGCUGAGGACAAAGUGGGGCCGUAGAGGACACAUCAAGGAGCCAUUAGGGACCCACGGGCACAUGAAGUGCCACUUUGAUGGACAGCUGAAGUCCCAGGACACGGUGCUGCUGAACCUCUACAAGCGGGUUUUUCCUAAAUGGACUUAUGACCCCCACGUUCCGGAGCCUGUGCCCUGGGUGAGGAGCCAGAGCACGCUGCCAGUGCAGGAGGUGGACAUGGAAUAACUCUCCAGCAUGGCUGGAGUUGGUGCCUUAGCUCCUUGGAUGCUGUUCUCAGCCCCUGCACGGUGAGGACAGCACUGAUGGCUGGAUGUAUCCCUGCUGGGGUCUGUACAGGGGUGGUUCUCUCAACCAGCUGCUGCUCAGGUACCAGCUACAGCUAUUUAUUUUCAUGGAAAAUGUUUCCAAAAACCUUUUUAUGUGCUUUUGUCUUGGUGGAGGCCAAUGGGGGAGGUUGUGUGUACCCCUUGCUUGUUGGGGCUGUUGUUUUUCCCAGCCAUGUGUGCAGGGAUUUUGCUGGAAGUUACUGUGAUGCUGAGAAAGGUGAAGGGAGGGUGGCUGAGUGUAAAGCA